AUGAGUCAGAAAAUGGCCAAGGAGGGCCCCAGGCUCUCCAAGAAUCAGAAGUUCUCAGAGCACUUCAGCAUCCACUGUUGCCCACCCUUCACCUUCCUCAACUCCAAGCGCGAGAUCGUGGACCGCAAGUACAGCAUCUGCAAGAGCGGCUGCUUCUACCAGAAGAAGGAGGAGGAUUGGAUCUGCUGCGCUUGCCAGAAGACCAGCCGCCGUGCCAGGUCCCCUCAGAGGCCCAAGCUCCAGCCAGCAGCGUCCCCCGUAGUGGUCAGAGCGCCGCCAGCCAAGCCAAAGUCCCCUCCGAGGCCAGCCAAGCCAAGGUCCCCUUCGAGGACUGAGCGCCAGCCGCGACCCCGCCCAGAGGUCCGACCACCACCAGUCAAGCAGAAGCCCCCUCAGAAGUCCAAGCCACCAGCACGCAGCAGCCCCAUCAGAGGGCCAGGCGCCAGCCGUGGGGGGUCUCCCACCAGAGCUCCUAGGUUCUGGUAA